AUGAAUAUCUCCAACACCCCCAACACCUCCAGCACCAUCACUGGCUUCAUCCUCCUGGGCUUCCCUUGCUCCAGGGAGGGGCAGAUCCUCUUCUUUGUGCUCUUCUCUGUUGUCUACCUCCUGACCCUCAUGGGCAAUGGGUCUAUCAUCUGUGCUGUGCGCUGGGAUCAGAGCCUCCACACCCCCAUGUACAUCUUGCUCGCCAACUUCUCCUUCCUAGAGAUCUGGUAUGUCACCUCCACUGUCCCCAACAUGUUGGCCAACUUCCUCUCUGAUACCAAAGCCAUCUGUGAUCCAGGUCCCCUCUUGGCCCUUACCUGUACUAGGACCCCUGUAAUAGAAUUAACUAGCUCCACCUUAAGUUCUCUGCUCUUAUUUAUUCCCUUUUUCUUUAUUGUGGUGUCCUAUGCUCUUGUUCUGAGAGCUGUGUUGAGGGUUCCUUCAGCAGCUGGACAAAGAAAAGCUUUCUCCACCUGUGGGUCUCAUCUGGCUGUGGUUUCAUUGUUCUAUGGCUCAGUGAUGGUCAUGUACGUGAGCCCAACAUCUGAGCAUGAAGCUGGGAUACAGAAGGUGGUGACUUUGUUUUAUUCCGUAGUUACUCCACUCAUCAACCCUAUAAUAUAUAGUCUGAGAAACAAAGAAAUGAAACAUGCUAUGAAGAAAUUGUUGAGAACACAAAAAAAGAAGAGAGUACUCCUGCCAUCACAACAGGAACCGGACGCCCUCACCCAACGCAGGAGCACUGAGCUAACAUUUGCAGCUGGCACCAAUGAGUAUGCACGUGAUCGAGAAAAGCUGCAGGCCAUUACACUCCUUUUGCUGAUCAACUAUAUUUAA